UCGGGAAGAGCUCAUCAAAGUUGGAACCUUUGUGGAUUCUAUGGCAUGCAAAAUACUGGAGCUAGUUCUGAAUGUCAAUUUGGGCCUGAAUUACGGUGUGAAGCCCUUUGAUCUUCGCGCUCUCAUCUUCUACAAAGUACAAUCUUAGUUUUUGUUCAUGUGUCAAAUAAAUAAAUAAAAAUCAUACUUCUUUUAAGUUUGGGUAUCGCGAGUUUCCUCGUCCAAACCUGAAACCGAAUGAUGAAUUUGAUAUCCGGUGUCAUGGGAAGAUGAUUAAUGGCAGAUUUCGCGCGGUUACACAGCGCAUUUUCUCAUCGCUCAGCGAUUCUGCUCCCUCCUCCUUCGCUGCAGCCCAAAUUUCGAACCAAACAUCCACUUCUUUGUCAUCGUCUCUGCAACAUUACAUCAAUUCAGACGACCCUUCCCCUGGCCAGAAGAUCCAUUCCCGUAUUCUCAAAACCGGGUUCAUACCCAAUACGAAUAUCUCCAUUAAGCUCCUCAUUUUGCACCUAAAAUGUGAGUCAUUGAAGUUUGCACGCCAAGUGUUCGACGAAUUGCCUAAAAAGACUCUUUCUGCUUACAAUUAUAUGAUCAGUGGGUACAUAAAGGAGGGAAAGGUAGCAGAACCACUUGCUCUGGUCCGUGGGCUCAUAAUUUCAGGAGAAAGGCCCGAUGGGUAUACGUUUUCAAUGCUUUUAAAGGCGGCUACUUGUGCACAUGAUGUUUCUGUACCGCGCAGUUUAGGAAGAGUUCUUCAUGCCCAGAUAUUGAAGUCGGAUGUGUCACCAGAUGAUGUACUUUACACGGCUCUUAUUGACUCGUACGUUAAACAUGGCGAUGUAUAUUUUGCAAGGACGGUGUUUGAUAUGAUGUUGAAGAAGAAUGUGAUAUGUUCAACAUCGAUGAUUUCAGGAUAUAUGAAUCAGGGAUUAGUUGAAGAUGCUGAAGAAAUUUUCAGCAAAACCGUUGAAAAGGAUAUAGUUGUAUUCAAUGCAAUGGUUGAAGGUUAUAGUAAAACACUUGAACAUGCCAAGAAAUCGCUUGAGGUUUAUAUUGAUAUGCAACGUUUGUGUUUUUCACCAAAUAUUUCAACAUUUUCCAGCGUUAUUGGUGCUUGUUCGGUGUUGGCAGCAUUUGAAGCAGGCCAACAAAUCCAAACUCAACUUAUGAAGACUAGAUUCUUCACAGAUAUCAGAAUGGGAAGUGCUCUUAUAGACAUGUACUCCAAAUGUGGAAGAAUAGAGGAUGCUCGCCGAGUUUUCGACCAAAUGCCAGAGAGAAAUGUCUUCUCAUGGACGUCUAUGAUUGAUGGAUAUGGCAAAAAUGGAUAUCCAAGUGAAGCACUUCAGCUCUUUCGCGUCAUGCAAUCUGAACACCAGAUUCGGCCAAACUUUGUCACCUUUCUUAGCGCUCUCUCAGCUUGUGCGCAUGGAGGGCUAGUAGAGAAGGGCCGGGAGAUUUUUAAAAUCAUGGAGAGGGACUACUCAUUGAAACCGAAAAUGGAGCAUUACGCAUGUAUGGUUGAUCUGCUGGGACGUGCAGGAAGUUUACAUCAGGCUUGGGAAUUUGUUAUGCAAAUGCCUGAGACUCCUAAUUCUGAUGUAUGGGCAGCUCUACUGAGCUCAUCUAAGCUCCAUGGUAACAUUGAAAUGGCCUGCAUAGCUGCCAACGAACUAUUUAAGUUGAACGCUGAUGGCCGGCCAGGGGCGUAUGUUGCAUUGUCUAAUACUUUUGCAGAAGCUGGGAAAUGGGACAGUGUUAGUGAACUGAGAGAGAUUAUGAAGAUAAGAAGAGUUAAUUGCAAAGGUAGCAGUUGGGUUGGGACUGAUGACAGCUUAUAAAGUUUCCAUCUUUGAUAGACGAUGCAGUGAGAUAUAUAGCAAGAGCAUUGGAACGAUUAACAUUUGAUUUGAUUUGAUUUGAGUUAAGAAAGUACACAGAAGGAUUCAGCAAUUUACCUGCAGAAAUAUUUGAAGAAAAUUUGGAUUAGUUAUCCACGAGAGAGGCGGAAACACCAUGAGUUUACUAAUCGUCGAUCACCAGCAUCUUUCAGCCAUGGCCAGCAAGAGUUAAGAUGUUAACUGUGCAAUUUUCUGGUCCAUCCAUGUUUGAACUUGUCAUACUUGGUUUAGUUUUCUUGAAGUUUUCAAAAUGAUCCGAUGUCAAAUUAUCAUAGUCAAACUUUAUACUAUUUUUAAAUUAUCCAAAUGACCUGAAUAAAGAGGUAGCAACUUUUAAGGCUGGCUCAGGCCGGUGCAAUGAGAUUCAUUGAGGAAAUGAUGUGGGGUUAUGCUAA